AUGUCUACUCGCAACUACCAACCAGUCCCCAAACGGGACAUCGACAGUGACAAUGCCGAUAGUGAUGUGACUCUGACCGGCUGCCCGCGACGUCGCUUUGCACCAGGAUUAUUCAAGCGAAACCUAGCUGCAAUCACAAUAACCGGCCUCAUUCUGGUCCUGAUACUCCUAGUGAUGGCAGAGAUUGCAGCGAUCACGAUAGAACCCUUCCGAGAAGUUCUCAUUCUCAGAGCGUCACCGACAGGCACGAAUGAUCUCAAAGGUCAAAGACAAUGCCUACCAACCGCUCCACGUACAACUCUCUCAUGUGGAAAUUCGACGACAGAUGCUGAAGAAAAAGGCUGCACUUAUGAUCCCUUAUCUGCAUGCUGGCUCCACAAAGAAUGUCCACGAGAUUACUCCGACGUAUUCGCCACUUUUAACGAUGGCAAGCCUUUUGUCUAUUACUAUGAUGAGGCGGCUACUCAUCGAAUGAAGGACUAUACCGAAGUGGGGCACAAUGCAAACGGAUACUACUGGACAUCAGUACGUGAGCACCUUGUGCACUGUCUGUAUCUUCUGAGACGAGGCCAUGAUGUGCACAUGCGUGGGGAUCGGCUCGAUAGCAUGCUAUCAGAUAUAGACCAUGUGGAUCACUGUACGAAUUUUUUGGCAAAUUGGUUGCGACGACCGGAUCCUUCACUGGAACAUCUCGGUACUCAAGGGAAAACUGAUUGUUUUAUGUCCUGUAGUUGA